AUGGAGAAAGCCUAUACAGGAUUUUCCUGCUUUGGGGUCUGUAGCCAGGGCGUCUUUAGCAGCCCAGCUUCUGUCCCAACACACUUUGGGUCUGAUGAAUUCAAGCAGCCUGAGUCCCAGCCCAGCACCUUUCUCCUUGGCAGUUGCCUCUGCUUUGGAUGUCCCAGCUCCACAUGGUUCCCUCUGACUUCCUACCAUCUAGCUCUAUAUGUCUUCUUCAUUCUUAUCUUAUCCAGAAUAGAAACUGCCACAUCUGAAGAGGACUUCAGAUCUCCUUCACAAGUUUGUACAAGUAUAGAAAUUGGCUAUUUGGAACAAUUUGGAACUUCUUCAUUUAAGGAAUUUGCCUUGAGAAAACAGUCCUUAUAUCUUAAAUUUGACCCAUUACUAAAAGAGAGCCCCCAAAAGCCAGCUCCUAUAACUACUGAAAUAACAAAUAGCCUGGACAUAAGCAAGCAGUCUCAGAAAAAUCAACAUGAAGCAAAACUUGAUGAAUUUGACUUACUAAGAACACUUAAUAUUCCUGUAAUAGGACCUCCUCCUCCUGAUGGACCAGAAUGUUUGGGUGUUCCUGUGACAGGCACAGAUUUGCCUGUUUCAGUAGAUGUGAUUAUAGAUGUGUUGAAGUAUAGCCAGAAAGACAUGAAUGUGGCUAUAGAAAAAGUCAAACAAGAAGCUAAAGAAAAACAAAUGAAAAUUCAAGAAUUGGAAGACAAAUAUGAAAAAUUCCACACGGAAUAUUUAAUGAUGGGGAAAAUUGUGGAAGAAUAUGAAGAGAUAAUAACUCAGCUGAUGAUGGAUGCUCAGAAGCAGAAGGAGGCUGCAGCAGCUGAAAUCCAGAUGAUUUUGUCAGAAAAACAGCAAAUCACAGCAGACCUGAAUUCCAUGGGAAAGUCUUUCUCUGACCUCUUCAAAUGAGUAGAAAAACAGAAGGAGGUUUUAGAAGGAUAUCGGAAGAAUGAAGAAGCAUUGAAGAAAUGUGUUGAAGAUUAUCUAGUAAGAAUUGAAAAGGAAGAGCCGAGGUACCAAGCCCUGAAGGCUCAUGCAGAAAAGAAGUUAAACCUAGCAAAUGAAGAAAUUGCCCAGGUUCAAAGUAAAGCAAAAGUUGAGACUCUGACUUUACAAGCAAAUUUACGAAAGGACCAAAUGAGAGCCCAGUCACUAGAGAAAGGCCUGAAACAGAAAACGAAAGAAAAUGAUGAAUUAACAAAAAUCUGUGAUGACUUGACUUCAAAGAUGGAAAAGAUCUGA